AAAUAAUUAUGAGAUCAAAUUCAACAGCUUAUACACCUUAAAAUCCUGAAGUAUUUCAUAAAGGACACAUCCAUUUCUUCGAUUUAUUAUCAUCAUUUCAUGGUUUGGAAGAUCAACCUGAUUACCCAGUUUAAUAACAAACAAUCUAGGAUAAGCUUAGAAAUUAAUAUCUCCACGAUAAUAAUUGGGAAGAUAGUAAGUGAAUUUAUAUUAUUAAGAAUUGUGUUAUAGAACAUGUUUCAAAAUUUAAGAAAAAGAGUAUGUUUAAUUCUGUUUAGAUAAGAAAUGUUAAGGCACUAAUUAUUUGAAGGCAGCACAAGUUUUAGGAUACUUUAAAACUGGAAAUUCUACACCUAAAACUCAUGGUCAUCACCAUCAUUGAUAUAGUAUCAAUA